AUGAAUACUCCUUCUGUUGUUGACACCGAACCUGAACCUGAUAUAGGUGGCUUUACUCCCCCUAUAGACGUAAAUCAUAAUAAAUCAAACGAGCCCCAAGCAAUUGUAAUCAAGUCUCACGAUAAGAUAACUUCUUCUCCUACUGAAGAUCGAUCAAAUGCAAACCAGCAAGAUGAACUCAAUCCCAUCAAUACAACCAGGACCAGCGAUGGUGCCAUCGAUGGAAAUGGAAAUGGAAAUGGAACGAGUGGCGGUAAAAACGCAAAUACACUUGUUCCACCCACACCUGCGUACACACCAAAACAGUCAUUCGCAAGGUCCAUCUUGAAGCCAAGAUCGAAUAGAGGUCAUUCAAGAAUGCCUUCAAUUACAAUCACAAACGUUGACAAACACAACGCGAGCAAUGAAAACAGCAACAACGUCGUUGGAUCGAAAGAAAGAGAUUCCACGAACGACGAUAGAGACGAUUUUAGCCCACCAGCAAGAUCAAACUCUGCACCUAAUUUAGGUGGUAAAAACAGAUUAACACCUCUAAAGAAUUUAUCCGUGUCAAUUCCUUUACCACCUAAAAGAGGUCCUCCACAAAGCGAAGAAGACAGAAUUAAGAAGACUUUCAUCGAACCCACGUGGAAGCAAAGUUUCAUAAAUACAAUCAAAUCUCAACCUGCUUUAGUGGCGAUGCCGAUCCUUCUUCCAAUUUCUUGGGCAUUACAUUUCACUCAUCAAGACCCGAUUGCUAUUUUCGUCACUUCUUUGAUCGCGAUCGUACCUUUGGCUGGUGCGCUGGGUUUCGCGACCGAAGAGCUCGCUCAUAGGGUCGGUGAAGCCUGGGGUGGUCUACUCAACGCUUCAUUUGGUAACGCCGUCGAAUUGCUCAUCGCCAUUCUUGCAUUGGUCAAGGGCGACAUCGAUAUCGUUCAAGCUAGUAUGGUAGGAAGUAUACUCAGUAACGUCCUCCUUGUCUUGGGUAUGAGUUAUUUCGCUGGCGGUCUUCGUUUUCACGAACAGCUUUAUACUAUCAUCGGUGCUCAAAUGCAUAUCUCUCUUUUGGGUAUCUCGCUUCUUGCGAUUGUUCUUCCCGCUGCAUACCACUCAGCCUACCCGAACGUCACCAAUGUCGUUUCUAACACCAGAGCGGGCAAUCAGCCUGAAGGUGAAGAGCUUGAGAACUUGCUGAAAAUGUCUCGAGGACUGAGUUUCAUCUUAUUGGCUGUCUACGGAAUGUUCCUUACCUUCCAGCUGUACACACAUGCGUACUUGUUCCGGAUCCCCAAGGAAAAGGUAGCUCAUCCUCUUCCUGGUCCAGCUCCUCAUCACGAGCACGUUUUCCCUCGUCCUCACUGGGUCUCAUCAAUUGCAGAUUCCUCAUCGUCCUCUUCGUCAUCAUCUUCAUCUGGAUCAUCCAUCCGUUCAGGUCGAUCAGGACAUGCUUCUCCUUUCAAGAGAUUCAGAAGGUUCAGCGUCACUUCCAAGAAAAGACUUCCUCGUGAUGGCGGUGAAGCCGACACUGAAGACAAUACCGUUAUCGGAACAGCUGGUACUGGUGAAAAGAGGUUAUCUCCAACUACACCCGUGCGGACGCGAAGUAGCACUGCCGAAUCACUCCAUCCACCUGAUCUGGUAGACCAUCAACAAGAACAAGAUCAUAAUCGAGAUAUCGAAGCUGCUUCCCUUGCUUCGUCACGUGAGGUGAUCAUCGACGACGAUGGCACUGUCCAUGUACAACCCAAAGUCAGAUUCUGGUAUGCCUUGGCGAUGUUAACUGCUGUUACCGGUUUAGCUGGUUUCACAGCCGAAUGUCUGGUCGAUUCCAUCGACGGUCUAACUGAGACUGGAAACGUAUCAAGAGAGUUCGUAGGAUUAAUCUUGUUACCUGUUAUCGGUAAUUCGGUCGAGCAUAUCACUGCGGUGACUGUAUCAGUUAAAGAUAAAUUGAAUUUAUCAAUGUCGAUCGCAGUCGGAUCUUCCAUUCAAGUUUCAUUGUGUCUUUUACCUAUUUUGGUUUUAGUAGGUUGGGCAAUUGGACAACCAAUGUUAUUGUUCUUUGACAAUUUCGAAACGAUUACAUUAGUCGUAUCGCUUCUUUUGGUUAAUUUCGCCAUUUCAGAUGGUCGAACGAAUUAUCUGGAAGGCUUCGUCAUGAUGAUGGCUUAUUUGUCUAUCGCUCUCGUCUGUUGGUUCUACGAUCCAGCUGUCUAA